UCAGUUUAGCGUAAGAAGUUGAUCUGCGCGAUCACGGUUUUCGUCGUCGUCGUCUUCGCCGUCGCCGGACUCUGCGCGUUCAAGACCCCAAGAAGGAAGUUUCGCGUUAUUGGCGUGUGGUGCUUCGGGCACUACAUUUUUUCCCUACCGUUGUUGUUAUUGCUGAUGUUGAUCUUAAACAGCUUUCUGGAGCUGCUUGGUAGUGGAGUUGUGUUGGUGAUGUGAGUUGUUAUUCUUAUUACUGUUUUCCUGCACUGCGGUCAUCUCUUUCGCGCAUGUUGGCCACGAUCGACUAAGGGAGUGAAAUAGUCACAACAGUGGGUACCAGUUUGAAGCAGCAUAAAGUGAAAGAUUAAUAAGAAUCAUUUCAAGUACCUACUAUGCCACGGCGUGAAGAAAAAUAAACUUGUCCUAGUGUAUGUGAGGACAUGUCAUUCCGCAGGCCAUUGUACUGAAAAUUUUUGUAUGAAUUUUAUGUUUUUGUUUUUUUCUUUCCUCCGCAUACUUUACGCAACCCCUUUCGCCACAUAGCUACAGUUACUAAAAGUGAUCGCUUCCAAGCUAAAAUUAUAUUUCAUGAAUAGACUAAUUCGUGACAAGUUGAAACUGAAAAAAAACAGGACCAUCUAUAACAACUACAAGAGAAGGUCCACUAAAGCCCGAGGAUGGAUACUAAAAUGGGAUGAAAUUUUACUUGUUUGACCACAAAAAAAAGUUGCAGCUGUUUAAUGGGUACUUUUGUAAGGCAUACCACGAAGCAAGAAAAAAAGUGUCUCCAAAAGCAGUUUUCCAUUAAUUUAGCAAACGAGUGGGAUUGAGGGGCCGACAUCUGGCAGAAAGCGAAAAUGGGAAUGAAAUUGUUAAAGAUGUUGGAUGUGUACGAAGAAUUAAAGUGAACUUUGUGCUGAAUGUUGCCAGUGUUUGUGAGGUUGUGCAAUGUUUUAAUUGCUCUGUGUUCAAUAAAUCAAAAGUCGAUUUUUCUCAAAUGAAAAUAAGUAAAAUCUGGUUCCUGUGCGUAAAGGCAAAUAAUCAUACAUACAGCCUACACAAUUACAAGUAAGGCACUAGGCCCGUGUCGAUUGAAAUCGAAGAUUUGACGCGUGAAUGUGUGCCCGUGUGUUGGUAAGCAGCUAUUGUAACCAUUCAACAUCAUUCAAGUUGACGGGUCCAGCGAACCUCAGAGAUUGUGGUGUGGUGUGGUGUGGUAGAGAAACCAACUUCUUCUCGCCCGUUCCGUAUGUGUGUGCCACGCUGACGUUUCUGCGACGGAGAGACCGAAGAAUUUUUGCAUAUUACCACUGGAACCGCUCUGGAGUCGAAACAUGGAUCAACGACGACGUGUUUGUAAGAAAUGUAUAACAAUAAGGUCAUAACAAGACGGAGGCAGCAUGGAGUUACAAAUCGUAGAAAAUAGAUAACAUCACUCUACACAACAUGUCGCAUCCACAGCGCCGAGGUGCGCCGGUCGAGUGUCCGCUAGCGUCCCUUGGGCGGAACACUCCCUCGAUGGACGCCCUUCAGUAUCACCACCCACUAAGCUCCAGUCCACUGGAUCCGCAGGCCUACCAAAUGUCCCGAAAAUCACCAAUCCUCGGUAUUGAUUCGAACAUCUACACUGCGGAAACAAGCCUAGUAACUAACCAUCCUGCCACGAAUGGGUGCGCGAGUGAUAAAACAUUAGAAAAUGGCAAUAUGCUCUCUAGGAGCUCCUCUUCAUCAAUAGAUCAAAACGCUUCCUAUCUUCACCAACCUCCACGGCCAAGCGUCAAUAGGCGUGGCGAGUAUCGACCGCUACGACCUAGAACGUAUACCCCAAUAGAUGCACUACUAACCAACACCUACCAGCACCAUCAAAGACUGUCGCCAGUCCUAAUGGACAUCCAGCGGAAUCAUGUGAACUAUCAAAGGGAAGGACAACCCCUCACAUCGCUUUCGGAAGCGGAUCGAUAUUUUCUGGAGGAGAAAAUGGACUCUCUCUACAUUCAAGGUGCCAUCCGACGAAACGCCAACACUCCGUCCAGUCUUACUAGGAACCAGUCUAGCAGUAGCAAUAACACCGAACGGUACUACCUGGAGAACGAGAACAUCGAUGCGAUCUACAACUACUGCCAUGCGGCAGCCGCAAUCACUACUCUUAACUCGCACAACUCCUCCUCGAAGGCCUCCUCGAGUCACAAUGACUGCCUUGAUUCUAGUUCACCAAAUCUGCUGCGUCGAGCGUCCAGCCCGGAGACAAGUGGAUCCGAUCGGUACCUGAUCGACCGGAUACGAGGUUCACCAGCGUAUCACGGGAGAAAUUCACGUAUUGCCCAGCAAAUGAAAGUUAACACUACAGAUUUCGUUGAUGGGAGAAUUCAUCUCUCCAAGUCGCAACAUUUCGCUGAUGGCCUGGCCCGAUAUGGUCGCUUUUCACCCAGUCUGGACCAAGGCUAUCACACGCUGGUAUCACCAUCUCCAUCCGGUCAACAACAGUCAUCGAUACCGGCCACGUGGAACACGGCAGCUCCCAGCAACAGUACCUCGACGGCGAAUAGCACCAAUGGUAGCGCCCAGAACAACGUGGUGGGGAGCAGCGACCUGCUUAAUGGCAGUAAUGGCACAUCAUUGUUUCGAUCGGGUCCUCUGUUUGAUCGGCUUUCCGAUGAACUGAUGGUGAAAAUCUUCGAUUGGCUUGACAGCUGUGAACUAUGCAAUAUUGCUCGUGUCUGCAAGCGCUUCGAAUCGGUCAUAUGGAAUCCACAUCUUUGGAAAAUUAUAAAAAUCAAAGGUGAGAACAACAGCGGUGAUAGGGCAAUCAAAACCAUUCUAAGGCGAUUAUGCGGUCAAACACGAAAUGGUGCCUGCCCUGGGGUGGAACGAGUGUUGCUGAGCGACGGCUGUAGACUGACAGACAAAGGUUUACAGUUACUUUCGAGACGAUGUCCAGAAAUCACCCAUCUACAAGUUCAAAACAGCGUAACCGUCACAAACCAAGCGCUGUUUGACUUGGUUACAAAAUGUACAAAUUUACAACAUUUGGACAUAACAGGUUGUGCUCAAAUCACGUGCAUAAACGUCAAUCCAGGAUUGGAACCACCCCGACGAUUAUUGCUGCAGUAUCUGGAUCUUACGGAUUGUGCAUCAAUUUCAGAUUCUGGACUUAAAAUUAUAGCCCGGAAUUGUCCACUGUUGGUUUACCUAUACUUAAGGCGAUGUAUUCAGAUAACUGAUGCUGGUCUCAAGUUCAUCCCAAAUUUCUGCAUAGCCCUAAGGGAGCUGAGUGUUUCGGACUGCACCAACAUCACCGACUUUGGUCUAUACGAGCUGGCUAAGCUUGGUGCUACGUUGCGAUAUCUCUCAGUGGCAAAGUGUGACCAAGUUUCGGACGCGGGAUUAAAAGUGAUUGCCCGGCGGUGCUACAAGAUGCGCUACCUAAAUGCACGAGGUUGCGAAGCUGUCAGCGACGAUUCCAUCAACGUCCUUGCCCGAUCCUGUCCUCGGUUGCGGGCUCUUGAUAUCGGCAAGUGUGACGUCAGCGACGCUGGACUUCGGGCGCUAGCCGAGAGUUGUCCAAAUUUGAAGAAACUUAGUUUGCGAAAUUGUGAUAUGAUCACCGAUCGAGGGAUCCAAUGUAUUGCGUACUACUGCCGUGGGUUACAACAGCUGAACAUCCAGGAUUGCCAAAUUUCCGUAGAAGGUUAUCGUGCGGUCAAAAAGUACUGCAAAAGAUGCGUUAUCGAACACACGAAUCCGGGAUUUUGCUAGCAUUGGAAUGUACAGGCCUAACGUGCUCUCUUUACUUUGUUUUAAACAUUCAAACUGUAGCUAAUUGUUUUUAAAGUUCGAAUUUCGAUUAUAGU